GCCCGCCCGGAGCUCGGUCGAGCUGACGCAGAUCAUCAAGGAGAACCUGUUCCCGCGGAACGAGACGGAGGCACAGACAGCCGCGAAGGGCACCAGCUCUUUGAAGAAGGCCGAGCUGAUCGAGAGGGCGACGGAGGUCGGGGCCCACGUCGCGCCGAACAUGACGAGUGCCGCGCUCAAGUUAGCCAUGCGCAAGGCCGUUCUCCAGCAGGCCACGCCGGGGCCGACCGACGCAGUUGGGCUCGGGAAGCACGGCGCCAUGACCUACCAGCAGGUCCUGAUCCAGCACGAGUUGGCCAAGCAGGAGGCGCUUUCCGAGAGCAGCUGGGAGCUCGUCUUAUUUGUCUCAUGCCUCAACGAGACGGGAGUCGUCCAACUGCAGAAGCAGAUGGCCAGGGACAACGUGUAUGUCCCGGUCGAGCCGACCAGGGCUCGAGGGGGCGCGAGGUCAUCUGGCCGAAGGACAGUCGGCGUUCUGAUGGAGGACGAGCUCGCGGAGGGGGAGAAGCAGGCCGCGGACCUGGAGGAGAAGCAGGCCAACCGCCGCGUCCAGGAGGAUGCUAUCAGCGCUGGGCCAGCUCAACUAGAGGAGCUGGGCCCGCGGAAGCAGCGCUGGCUCGCGAGGUGCAUCAAGGAGACCAACCACUCCGAGGACCUCGAGGCGAUGCUCGCGCAUGGAGGGGUCAAGCUAAUGGAGGUGGCCUUCAGUCCAGUCUCCGUUUCGAGCGCGAAGAUGGCGGCGAGGAUGGCCACUGAGUGUCCAGGAGGUCAUCGGCAUGGCGAGCUCACAGGAGGUGGACUCACAGCAUCCACGAGCUACUACACAGACGAGUUUGCGGAGAGGGCGGUGCGAGCCAUGAUUGAGGUAAGUGCGCUCGAUUACCACGAGUUCAUGAGGAACCUGGCCGGCACCAGGGCGUCGGAGGAGCAGGCCGACCAGUUCGAGUGGGAGCACCAUCAGAAUGAUAUCAAGUCCAAGUUCUCACUGAUCAUCGACGAGAACUGCAAGGUGAGGGUCAGCAAGCUGCUGUACCACAUGGCGGGCGAGGACCGACAGAGGAAUCCAGUGUGGGCCGACCUGAAGAGCUUUUACGAGGAGCUGUGGUUGCCAUACUUCGGGAAGCCUCAGAGGGUCAAGGUGGACCCUAAGGGCUCGUGGAGGUCAAAGCAGGCUGCAGACUACUUCGACUCUGGCUCCGUCGUGUACGAGACGAUCCCAGGGCAGGCCCACUGGCACAUCUCCCUCGUGGAGGAGGCUAUCCAGGCCACGAAGGGAACGAUGGGCAGGCCCGUGGCGGAGAGCCCGGAGAUGACUACCGAGGAGGCCCUGGCCCACCUCAACGGCCACUUCUUUGAGAGUAACUUUGGCGAGUCCCCUACAUCGAGGCCCAGCGGGUUGACAAGGAGUGCGGCGAACUACAUGAAGAUGUGCGCCACAGAGAAGGAGUACCUGGGGCAGGUCCACCUACGACGGAUCAGCCGGGCGGAGAACGCGAAGCACCAGGCGCUGGAGGCCGUGGCCCCUGCCAUGUGGGUGCGCUACUUCCGUGAGGAGAAGGGCGCGUCCAAGGGCCAGUUCAGGGGCCUCGCGCGGGUGCUCGCUGCGGAGACCAGUCGCCCGGUGGACGGUGACCUCGGAGAGGCCAGGCCUUGCAUCCAGGAGGGGCUGGGCGAGGUGGGCCCGUGCCAUAUCCAAGGGGCGUCGGCGCGUGAGAUCGCUUGCGCGGGGCUCGUGGGCGGCAAGGGCACCCCGCAGGUGCGCGCCUUCAUGGUCCAGGCGAUGAAGCAGGAGUACCUGGACUUCUCAG